CUCGAAGAUUUGGAGCCCGCUGCUGCUGCCGAGCGGAUCCCCGACGGCAUCUCCUCCAUCGUCGGUGGCGUGCGGGGCCUGGUGCGUUUGACGGUGGAUGUCUUUGGGCCUUGGGGAGCUGAUCAAUCAGAUGAAGAAGCGUUUAAACUUGCUAUACAGCAGCUGCUCCUCGACGGGACGAGAAUUGGCGAUAACUUCACUAUCAGCAACAUUGACAAAUGCACGUGUAUGGGUCUUCACCAUCAAGUGACUGCAAGUCGCUCUUAGAGGGUGAGCGGGACCAGAGGGAGCAGUGCAGGCAUCGCCCUCAUAUAGUGUGUGUGUGUGUCUUCACGCUGCGUGUCGAGUCAGCUGUGACAUAACACAACAGCACCACGCCAUAGGACGCACAUCUUUUGAGUCUGUCCUUGCCGUACGUCUACUGCACGGCAUUGCUACUAUACCUCUUCGUCUGUCUGUCUGGCUGGCUGGCUGGCUGUCUGCCGGCUGUUUUUUCCAUGACUGCGGUGGAUAAAGGUAUGCUUGCUAAUCGUGCUGCCUUUCUGCUGCUGCUGCCACUUGUCUGAUCCCUUUCUAGCCGGCCGACCAUCUCUGUGUUUCUCUCUCUCUCCUUGGGUCGAGAGUGGGGUGGUGAAGGAUGGCCAACACGACCAUGGUGGUCGAGCAGGGGCCCCGGACAGACAGAGGCACGAAGACACAGACAGAUGCAUACUGCGUGUCGGCGUGGUGCAAUUCGAUUCUCGUCGACAUGAGGCUAUGGCCUGCUUGAGUGUGGGUGUCCCCAUUGCUGCUGAGUGAAUGAACGGGUGAAUGCAUCUCUUUGUGUGACUCAUCCAACAUACACACCCGCGCCAACCGAAUGUCGACAUAUGCGUCAUGGACAAUGAGUCAAAAUGAAUGCACCGCUCGGGAACUCGUCCGGCUGCCCGGAACCCGGCACAGGGCAGCGUAGUUUUCCGCAGUCCACUCCCUUCGCACCCGUGCGAGCUUGAGCUCGCCAUCCGGGGAGAAAGGAAAGCGAAAAGAACAUCUCUGCGUCGUGUGACAAGGUGCGCGUGGUGGCGGGCCGCACAUCAGCCUGAUGCAUCUGUCCAUCUCAUCUCCUAUAUGCGUGCAGGGCCCCCUGUGUCUGCUGUCGGUGUGGUGUGGUGUGGUGUGGUGCCACUGUCCCCCUGCGAAGCUCUCUCUCUCUGGUGUGCUGCUGUGUUGUGAUCACCAUGGCGUCAAGCGCAUAUAUCAACCAACUGCUCGAGGUCAGAAGAGCUUGGGAGAGAUAGAUGUGCACACAGACAGUCAGGCAGACAGACAGGCAGAGAGAGAGAUGGACACACAGCCCAGUUGAUUGUGGUGGUGGGUCGUGCCGUGUCAUUCAGGCAGAGAAGCGUGCACAGGAGAUCGUUGAGCAGGCCCGUAAGAAGAAGGCCGCACGACUCAAGGUACCUGCCUUGUCGGGACCAUUGCCCUCCCCCCGCCCCUACCCCCUCUCUCACACAUACAAACACAUGUGUUUCUGUCGUUCCUUUCUCCAUCUCUGUGGUUGAUUGGCUGGCUGGCUGGUUGGUUGGUUGGUUUGUUGAUGCAGGAGGCCAAGAACGAGGCUGACAAGGAGUUGGUGGCCUUCCGGGAGCAACAGGAGAAACUCUUCAACGAACAUAAAGUAUGUGCGCAGAGGUGUGUAUGUCGUUCUUUGCCCUCACACUCUGUCUGUCUGUCUGUCUGUCUGGUGCUUGUGUGUGUGUGAUGUGCAGGCCCAGAUGGGUUCCAACACUGGCGAGCAGCAGCUCAUCACCGAGACGGAGAAGACCAUUCAGGUAGACAGACAUACAUGCGUGUGGGCCCACACAGAGGUGGGUGGGUGGCUGCACAGAAAUGUGUGUGUGUGUGUGUGUGUGUGCAGUCGAUCAAUGAGACUUUCAAGAAAAACAAAGAGGGCGUCAAGAAGGUGAGUGGCAGCGCGCAUCCAUUCAACCACACGCUUGCUGCCCUUCUGCCACCGUUCCCUCUCCACCUCUCUCUCUCUUCCUGUGUCUGUGUGUCUGACAGUAUGUGUGCGAUAUGGUGUCGGCCAUCGAUCUCGACCUGCCACAGGCAUACCAACAUACACAAACCACACACAAACACACACACACACACAUACUCACACACAUCAACAGACAGACAGACACAGAGGAAAAUGUGUGUGUGUGUGGGGGGGGGGGGUGUGUGGGUCUGUGUCUGUGUGCAGGCCACCAAGCAGUCGCUGGAGCAGGAGCAGGGGGCCAAGAAAUAGGCAAUCAAUAGGCACCAGACACCGGAAAGGAACGGACACACAGACAGACAGACGGACAGAGAGGAGUCAGUAGAGUAGGGCUGUUUUGCCAGUGGGGUGAGGUGAGUGAGUCAGUCAGUCGUCAGGUGUACAUAACGAUGCUAUGCUGCUAUACCUCAAUAUGUAUCAACUGAUGGAUCGAUGGCUGGAUGGCUGGAUGAGUGGCGUUUUUCUCGCAGCCUGGAUGGCUGGGCGGAUGUCAUCACAUAGGAGCGAUUCAUUCGAUGAUUGAGUGGCUAGGCCGAUCCUCUUACUUUCUCUGUUUCUCCCCUUCCCUCCCCUUUGUGUGCCCACCCGUCUCUCACCCACCACACCGAAGCCACCUCGUCCAUCUGUGUGUGGUUGUGCGCCUGAUGUCGGUGUGGAUGGAUGGAUGGAUGGUUUAAAAGCUGACACACAGACAGACAGACAGACCUGCUGUGUAUCUGUAUGACUGCACGUGCACUGUCGACUUCUGCUGGAUUGCGAAAGCUGGUGGAAUGGUGUAAUGGAUGGCCGCCUUCAUCGACCAGAUCUUUGCUGUUGCUACAUUGAGAAUCGUCCACUCACACGGUUUCACGGAGCACCCCACCGCUCGCAUGUGUGAGCUCAGCUGUCUUCGUGAAUCAAGCGCGAGGAGCUGCCUCCAAGGGCGUAGAAGACGCAGCCAAAUAUGUCGUCUGGUUUCGUGACGGACCGAUUGUACCGAGCGGAGUUGGUCCGAGACUGUGACCACUACUCUCACCGACCCCCCUGCCGGCAGCAUCGGCGAUGUGCAGGACCAUCUCUUCACCUGGUUCAAACACAUAAAGGAGGCGCACCCCGCAGAGAUCCAGUUCGUCGGAAAGCCAAUCGUUGCUGACCGCUCAGUUCCCAUCAGGUCUUUCUUCCAGGAGCACGAGGGUGCGACCAGGCAAACGACUAUCGUCUUCUACAGACAACCCGGCCAUGAGAGUAUGUGUGUGCGGAAGGAGGGAGGCACUAGGCCGACCAGAUGUGAUUCGUAUGUUGUGGUGUUGUUUGCGUGUGUGUCAGGAGCAGAGAACAACGCCGCCGCGACUCCCAUCCGGCCAUCUACGCAGCAGCAGCAAGGUAGAGGUAGAGCGACACAAAGGCACGCGGGAAGGCAAGGCUUGUGCCUGUGUUGUCUGAUGCAGAUGUCGUGGUGGAGUCUACUGCCGGCCGUCCAAAACGGCGUGCAGUACGUCGUGAAGAAGCGUGAGUGACGGCUAUAUGCGUGUGUCUUCAUGAGCUGGCCAAUAUGGGACACUAAGACAUACCAGUAGGUGGGUGUGCGUGUGUGUGGAGGGAGGGAGGGAGGGAGUGCUAUUUGUUGCUUUAUGUUGGUUGUGUCGGGCAAGUGGGAAGCGAUUUACUGAGCAGAUUUGGUAUGAUUGAUGGGCUGAUUUGACGAUGAGUAGUUUGUGCGUGGACGUGUGUGCGUGUUGAGAUUGUCGUGUAGAUGAGGCAUGGAUUGGUCAAGGACGGACAGCACAGCGAAGAGGCCGCCCCCGGACCAAGCAGAACACACAGACAGGCAGACAGACAGAUGCAUAUCGGACAUACGCGCAUCAAUUCGAUUCUCGUCGACGACAUGAGGCCACGGCCUCUGUGAGUGUGCUCCCAUUAUGUCCCCACGAUCAACG